CCACACAUUCCUUAAAAAUUGCAACCGUAUCUCUUUCAUCUCUGCACUUAGCAUCACGUCUUUAUUUUUGCCUUUAGCAUUGAACACCAGACACAGUGGCUGUACGUGUUCAAUAAAUGAAUCAGUCAAUAUUCGAGUUAUUGUUCAAGGUAAUCAACAGAUUUUAUCAUCCUGGUAAGACCAAAGAGGUUACCAGGAUUGUAUUUUUUAAAUAUCAUGGGUUUUGCUCUAAUGGGAUGAAAUACGUGUUUCUGUUGGUAAUGGUUCUUCAUAUACCUUUCUGGUCAUUAAGACUUUGCUGGAGCUGAUAGCACCCUAUUACAGGCUCACUCAACUUUGAAAACUUUAUAAUAUCCUGUGCCAGACAAUGAUGGGAUAGUCCUAGGGUCUAGAUGAAAGUGAAGGAUUACUCACUCAAAAUUAGAAGUUAAAAUUAAAGUAAUGAACUUAAUAUAGAAUGAACCCCAUUAUAUUUAAGAUAACAAACACCCCAAAGCAAUAGCGAGGGACGGUAGACAUUAAUCUUUUUAAAUCAUCCAAUUAUACAUAAUUUUAUGCUAAUCUGAAUGAUGCCAUUUUUUUUUUUUUUGGCAUGCACAGCUCAAACAGAAACAUCCCGAUCGUUGCGUAUAAAAGCCCAAAGAAACCAUCGGUGUACAACACUCUGUUCUUCAUUGAAGUCGCAAGCAUUGCAGACAGGGUGGACGUUCCUCACACCACCAUGUCUCUCCGGUUUUCCAGUGGGUCCAGGCUUGUCUGCUUGCGGUCUGGAAGUGGAUCUGUCAGGCCAUCCAGCGCGGGUGCAGGCUUGGCAGGCGGCAGCGCCUGCGGCAGCUCUGUCGCUGGAAGUGGAUUUUCCUGUGGCUUGGGAGGGGGCUUGGGCAGUGUUCCCGGUGGAAGCCAUGCUGGUGGCGCCUUUGGAAAUGCUGCCGGUGCCAGCUUUGCUGGAAGCGAAGGAGGCCUCCUCUCAGGGAAUGAGAAGGUGACCAUGCAGAACCUCAACGACCGCCUGGCCUCCUACCUGGACAACGUGCGUGCUCUGGAGGAGGCCAACGCUGAACUCGAGAGAAAAAUCAAGGGUUGGUAUGAAAAAUACGGCCCUGGAUCUUGCCGUGGACUUGACUAUAGCAGAUACCACCUGAUGAUCGAAGAUCUUAAGAAUCAGGUUAUCUCUUCCACAGCUGCUAAUGCUAAUGUCAUUCUGCAGAUUGAUAAUGCCAGGCUGGCCGCUGAUGACUUCCGGUUAAAGUACGAGAACGAGCUGGCGCUUCACCAGAACGCGGAGGCUGACAUCAACGGGCUGCGGCGCGUGCUGGACGAGCUGACGCUCUGCAGGACCGACCAGGAGCUGCAGUACGAGUCCCUGAGUGAAGAGAUGACAUAUCUCAAGAAGAACCACGAACAGGAGAUGAAGGCUCUGCAGUGCGCCGCGGGGGGCAACGUGAACGUGGAGAUGAACGCGGCGCCCGGGGUGGACCUCACGGUCCUGCUGAACAACAUGCGGGCUGAGUACGAAGCCCUCGCCGAGCAGAACCGCCGGGACGCGGAGGCCUGGUUCAACGAGAAGAGCGCUACGCUGCAGCAGCAGAUCUCCGACGACGCGGGCGCAGCCACCUCGGCCAGGACCGAGCUGACCGAAAUGAAACGCAGCCUGCAGACGGUGGAGAUAGAGCUGCAGUCCCUCCUGGCAAUGAAACACUCCCUGGAGUGCUCCCUGUCCGAGACCGAAAGCAACUACUGCGCGCAGCUGGCCCAGAUCCAGGCUCAGAUCCGGGCGCUGGAGGAGCAGCUGCACCAGGUCCGGACCGAGACCGAGGGCCAGAAGCUGGAGUACGAGCAGCUGCUGGACAUCAAGGUGCACCUGGAGAAAGAAAUCGAGACCUACUGCCGCCUGAUAGACGGAGAUGGGAACUCCUGCUCCAAAUCAAAAGGCUUUGGAUCAGGAAGCUCAGGGAAUUCAUCUAAAGAUUUAUCCAAAACGACCCUGGUGAAGACGGUGGUUGAAGAGAUAGAUCAACGCGGUAAAGUCCUUUCCUCAAGGAUCCAAUCCAUUGAAGAAAAGACAUCCAAAAUGACCAGCGGCAAGACAGAACAAAGGUUUUCUUUCUAGCCAUCACUUCUGAGAAAAGAAUAACUUGGGGAAGGACCCUGCACAACUGCAUUAUUCUAAAUAUCAAGGAGAUAAUGAAAACAUUUUCUACUCUUAAAGAUAAAUUCCUUAGGGGAAAAAAAACCCUGUUUUCUUAGUUACCUUUUACAGG